AUGACGCAGAUCAAAGCGCGGGUCCUCACCGGUGAUGCCGAUGCCUUCCGGCAAGGUGCUACCGCGUACCGCAAUCUCCGGGACUGGGCAAAGGAACAGCGAGACAAUGCCAUUGAGGAAGCCAACGGAAGAUUGCCCCGAAACACCGGCUUCUCACCGUCGCAAAACGCGGCAGGUUUGGGAUCGAGCUUCACAAGCGAGGCAUCGGCCGCCGACACGAUCGUAACCAGCCAGACAACGGUGCUUCAUACAGAUUCGAACGCGCAAACCACCUACGAGUCCGACAGUUCGGAUGACCCACUAUCACGGGAUUUUCAGCCUUUGGACUUUGAGCCUCCCGCAAAGCGAACGAAAUCGCGAUCGCGGUCUCCGCGAAAACAGGCAUGA